UUGUUAGCCAUUCUGUUAGCUGAUCCCUCUCACUGUACUUGUAUAAAUUGUGGCAAUGUCAAUGAACAAUGUGUGCAGCGCAAACUCUCUCUCUCUCGCCUCUUACAUGGUAUCAGACGUUCAGUACUGAUCGUCCCCGCUUCCGCUCGUUCUCUCUGCUCAUGGCUUCCCCGGCGUCCUCUGCUUCCGGUGACCUCAACCCGUUCGCCGUCCUUGAGCCACCCACCGCCGCAGCCCUCCGCCAUGUCCCAAUUCAUGACCACAUCCCCAUCACCCUCGACCUACACACUCCCUCCUUCUCCACCUGGCGUACGUAUUUCUCUCUGACGUUCCGCGAGUUCGGCAUCCGCGACCACGUCGAUGGAUCAGUGGAUGCCAUGGCCAUGCAGCAUGAUGUCCACUGGCUCGCUGUGGAUGCCACCAUCGUCAAGUGGCUCUAUCGCACGGUGUCUCGCGAGAUUCUCUCGCACAUCAUCCGCGACAACGACACCGCGCUGGGCGCCUGGACCUCCAUCUGCCAGCUCUUCCUCGACAAUCGUCUCCAGCGCCAGGUACUGUUAACCACAGAGUUCUACAGUCUGACGCAGGAUGGGAUGGGGCUGUUCGACUACUGCUUGCGCCUCAAGGUCCUCGCCGACGAGCUGCGCGACGUGGGCGCGGCCGUCUCCGACGCCACCAUGCUCACGAACCUCAUUCGUGGGCUGGGUCCCGACUACGCCAACGCCGCCUCCAACCUCAACCUGCUGACAGAGCCGACCUUCGCGCGCGCCGUCAACUACCUGCGCCUCGAGGAACGGCGCAUGCGGCACGCCUCGCUGCAGCGCACCCAGACGGCCCUGGCCGUCGGCACCACGCGCGCUCCGGCCGCGCCCAACCCCGUCCCCGCGCCCGCGGCCCCUCCGGCGGCCGCGUCUCCACCCGGCAACACCCGCAAGAAGAAACGCGGGAACGACGGGCGUCCACGCUCCUCCGGCCAGCCUUCGGCCGGGCCUCGUCCACCAGCUCCGCCGGCUGCACCGGCGCCGUGGUUCGGCGGGGUCAACCCAUGGACGGGCGUGGUGCAUGCCUGGGCCAUGCCCCCGACGCGCGCGCCGCAUCCCGGCAUCCUCGGCCCGCGGCCCGGGGGUCAUCAGGCGCUGCUCGCCGCGCCCCAGCCCGGCGGGGUCCCUCCUCCGCCGCCCUCUUCGUGGCCGCCGGCGCCUACCUCCUCCUGGACGGGCGCUUCUUCGUCCACCUACGACCCCGCCCUCCUCGCUGCACUUCAGCAAGCCCCGCCGCCGAGCGCCUACCCCGGGAACGGCGACUGGUUCAUGGACACCGGGGCCUCCUCUCAUAUGGCGUCGCACCCUGGACCUGCAGACCAAGACGGUGCUGCUCCGAUGUAAUAGCCCGGACGACCUGUACCCGCUCCGGGCGUCGCCUGCUGCCCCCGCUCCGGUUGCGCUCUCCAUCGGUCUCGACCUGUGGCAUGCACGCCUUGGGCACCCCGGCGUUUCAGCUAUGCAGCAGCUUCUUCGUAGUUUCCCUUUCAGUUGUAAUAAAACAGAGAAACACUCAUGUUCCGCCUGUCGGCUUGGCAAACACACGCGCCUCCCGUUCUCUGAAUCUUUUUCAGUUUCUAGUUUCCCUUUUGAACUACUCCAUUGUGACGUCUGGACAUCUCCAAUAAAGAGCAAUUCUGGUUUUGAGUA